AUGCCCAAGCAUCCCACCUCACCCAGAACUGUACCCGACAUACGCCUGCACGGCUGCAUGGACUCGCGACCACCGGCGAGUGCAGACGUGAAAAACCUGCGACAGCGCCGCCGCCGACAGCCAAGAACGCCUGAAACAGAGGCGCGGCAAGCCGAGCCGCCAGCGGAGGUGAGCAGCGCCACAGCAGAGCCGUCCCCCCCCAAGAGACCAAAGAACGCCCGCAAAACGGAGACCCGAGGCUCGCAGCGCCAGGAGGACUGCGGACCAAUGAGCAGCAGGGAACAGCAGGCCAGGAUAGCGAAGCCACGAGGAACAGGAGAGGAAUGGCGACCCGACAUGCGAAUCACUAAAAUGAACGGGACUGAGGAAGGUGAGGAGGGGGUUUAA